AUGUCUGAAAGGGGUCGUGAGAGGUGUUCUCAGGAGGACGACUGCACCUCUCUUCUCUCCCGGCUCGGCUCCGACUCUCCUCGUCCUCGGAUGAAGUAUGGAGGGAUGUUCUGCAGCGUUGAAGGAGCUUUUGAGAACAAAACUCUGAACUUUGAAUCAUUCAGUCCACAGACGCAGCGACGCCGAGCCACUCGAACCCGAAUCGACGCCCAUGAUGGAGGAGAGGUGUUGAGAGGAGGAGGAGGAGGAGGAGGACAGACUGUGGUGUUUCCCUCUGGACACACCUGGGAAAACCAUGGCAAGGGAGAGAAAACCGGAAGUCCACUGUGUGUAUAUUGUCGUGAACGUGACGUCAGAAGUGACAGCAACAACAAAAGCGGACUGUGUGUGCGCGCGCGUGUGUGUGUGCGCGGGCGAGCAGAUCAAUCGGCAGAUCACAGAUCGAUCAGGAUGUCUUUCCAGAACAAGAAGAGCAGCGCGAGACCCGCGGGCGACCGUCUGAUCAUCAAAGGAGGAAAGAUCGUCAAUGACGACCAGUCGUUCUACGCCGACAUCUAUGUCGAGGACGGGAGCAUAAAACAGAUUGGUGAGAACUUAAUAGUCCCAUCUGGUGUGAGGACGGUGGACGCGUACGGUCAGCUGGUGAUUCCCGGAGGUGUUGAUGCCAACACCAACCUGCUUGCUCCGCAGAAAGGCCUGAAUCCAGCCGAUGACUUCUACCAGGGAACCAGAGCCGCCUUGUGCGGAGGAACCACCACGAUCAUGGACCACGUGCUGGUGGAGCCAGGGACUAGUUUACUGUCAGUGUUCGAUCAGUGGAGGGAGACAGCAGAGCAGAGGGCGUGCUGCGACUUCUCUCUUCACCUGGACAUCACUCGCUGGCAUGAAGGACUGUACGAAGAGCUGGAGACGCUCGUCAAAGAUAAAGGUGUGAAUUCCUUCCUCUUCUUCAUGGCCUACAAAGAUAAAUAUCAGAGCUCUGACUCUCAGCUCUAUGAGGCGUUUGGGGUCCUCCGGGAUCUCGGAGCCAUCGCCCAGGUCCACGCUGAAAAUGGUGACAUCAUCGAUGAGGAGCAGAAGAAGCUUCUCUCUCUCGGCAUCACUGGACCUGAAGGACACGUUUUAUCUCACCCUGAGGAGGUGGAGACAGAGGCAGUGUAUCGGGCCAUCACCAUCGCUAAACAGGCCAACUGUCCGCUGUACGUUACCAAGGUGAUGAGCAAAUCUGCUGCUGAUACCAUCGCCAAAUCCAGGAAGAAAGGUAUGGUGGUGUAUGGGGAGCCAAUCACAGCCAGUCUGGCCACUGAUGGCUCUAAGUAUUGGUCCAAAGACUGGGCCACAGCUGCUGCUUUUGUCAUGAGCCCACCCCUCAACCCUGACCCUUCAACUCCACAGUACCUGACCUCUCUGUUAGCAUGUGGAGACCUGCAGGUGACAUCCAGCGCUCAUGCCAGCUUCUCAACAGCUCAGAAAGCCAUUGGUAAAGAUGACUUCACUUUGAUCCCAGAGGGAACCAAUGGCAUCGAGGAGAGGAUGUCGGUGGUCUGGGACAGAGCUGUGUCGACAGGGAAGAUGGAUGAGAAUGAGUUUGUCGCAGUAACGAGCACCAACGCUGCUAAACUCUUCAACAUUUACCCACGAAAAGGUCGUAUUGCUGUAGGAUCUGAUGCUGAUAUUGUCGUCUGGAACCCAAAGGAGACACGAACUGUUUCUGCAAAGACUCACAACCUGACGGUGGAGGUGAACAUCUUGGAGGGUUUGGAGUUUCGAGGCGUGGCAUCGGUGGUGAUCAGUGGAGGUCGAGUUGUUCUGGAGGAUAGAAAACUCAACAUGUCUGAAGGUUCAGGACGCUUUGUCCCCAGGAAGGCUUUCCCUGACGCUGUCUACAAGAGGAUCAGAGCCCGCAGCAAGAUGGCAGAGGCUCGCGGUGUUCCCCGUGGAAACUACGAUGGUCCAGUCCAUGAUGUCAUCAGUAUGACUAAAUCAGUCCCACCCACCCCGACCAGCAGAGGGCCUCCCUGUCCAAAAACCCAGACUGGUCCCCGAAACCUUCACCAGUCAGGAUUCACUUUGGCAGGAGCUCAGAUUGACGACCACAUACCUCGUCGCUCUGCUCAGAGGAUUGUGGCGCCCCCUGGUGGACGAUCCAACAUCACAUCUUUAUCUUAAAAAAGGAAGAAUCACUCAAAGUAUUCAAGUGUUACUUUUACCACAAGACACAACUAAACCCUACUGCAAAUCCUACAAUUAUACCACUAAUACUAAGCCCUGUAACAGUAGUACUUAAACUAAUACAGAACUCUACCACCAUGUUACAAAACCUACAAGUGUAGUACUUUGAUUAGUACUCAAUUCGCCAACUGAAGUACUUCAACUAGUACAAAAAACAAUAACAAACCAAUAACAAAGAUAAUAUUAAAUCCUAUAGUCUUACAAACCCUACAACUGCAGAAGUACAAAAUCCUGCACCUUCUGUACUUCAAAUGAAGCAUUCCUGAAUGUUACAACAGUGGCUCUACAACCUGACAGUAAGUGCUUCAUUGUACAAGUACUACUUUUAUUACAGUAGAACUUCAACUAGUCCUACUCUCUAAAAAAUGUCAAACCCUACAAGUACUACACAAUCCUACACCUACUCUACUUCAACUGUAGUAGUACUGAUUGUACUAUGGUACUACAACCCAUCAACAAGUACUUCACCCUACAACUAGUUUGUAGUUGUAAGGAUUAUACUUUAAAUCAAGUCAAGUCAUUUUAAGUAUUAUAGUCCUACUCAUGUGUAUUCAGUAAUAUUUCAUCUCAUCCUUCCUGAAACUCAUCACACGUUCUUUGUCUCUCAGCUCUGUCUGAUUAAGGCAGUAGUAGUCGCAGUAGCAGUAGUAGAAGUAUACAGGGAUAACCCCUGUACGUACCUUCUGUACGUACAGGGGUUAUCCACAUCACUUCAUCUGAAUAGAACUGAUUCAUUGUGGAUUUAAAAGCUCGACCAGUAUACUUCUCAGACUGGGUUUACUGGGUUUUCUCUGUGACAUACUAUGGUUGGUUGUUCCCAGACGUUUCCAAAUGUUUUUAUAGAUAACAAGCAUCAUCAAAAUAAUCCUUCUUUCUCCAUUCUUUCCAUAAACUUAGUCUGCUCAUUGUGCAUGAGAUUCAUAUUGUCCUGAAUCCAGUGAAGUCAUUACUUAUUAGUCUUAUUUAAGCUCUUGUAAUAAUCCCAGGUCCACAUCAGUCUUACACCUGUUAACCUGUUAGACCAUUCUAACAAUCUGUUAUCUAUUUAUCAGUCUGUGGUGGUAAUGUCUUCAGUCCUGAGAGUGUUUCUGUUAGUCAGAUUUAAUCUGGACUGCAGGUUUAGUGUCAGGAUGAACUCAUUGUAUUUUUCUUUUUAAUGUACUGAAUCAGUCAGUUUUAGUUGUAGAUAAAUUUAUUAAUUCAGUCACCUUUAAUCUCAGAGUCAAAAUUAAACUUUCAGACUACCACCAUUAGACGUUCAGUCAACUUCAAAACAUCAUCCUACUAUAAAUGGUGCUAAUUAAUCCAGUGGUAGGACAGGUAUGAAAACAGGAUGAAAACAAAGUGAUUCUGUCCCAAGACAAAUCUAAAUAAAAAUAAACUGUCCUACCCCCCCCCCCCCCCCAAAAAAAAAAAAAAACAAACAAAAAAAAAAACAAACCACAAACCUAAAAAACACUUCUGAUCUUUCAAGUUAAAACUACCCCACCCGCCACCCUGAACCCCCUCCAACCUCUGAAGGGAUUUUUAACACUUGUUGAACACUUCAUUUGAUAUCAUGAUCAUUUUGUAUUGUUUUUUUUUACAGUUUUUGUAUCCUGUAGUGUUAGCAUCGGUGAUUGUAGUGCACACACACAGUUCAUACACUGAACAGCCCACGGCUGCCAUGUUGUUGCCACGUUGUUACUAUGGAGACAACAUGUUUUUAUGACAAAAAAACAAAUCUGUACUUUAAAGGAAAAGCUCAACAUCAUGUAAAUCCUCUUCCCCUCUUUCUCUCUUAGGCUUAGAUGUUCAUACUGAACCUACUCUCUCGUCUGUACAGUAAAUAUGAAGCUGAAGCUAGAGCCUGGUUAGCUUAGCUCAGCAUAAAGACUGAAAACAGGAAGAAGACCUAGUUUAUCUUAGCAUAAAGACUGGAAAUGGGGAAGCAGUUGGAUUACAGAUGUGGCUCCAACAUGGUGGCAAAGUUCCUGCAGGCUGAACUGUUUCUGUAGCAGUCAGGUGUUUUUCUGUCCUUACAGAUGCACUGGAGCCAACAUGGAGGACACAAACUCUUUGUAUACACAGCAAUCUUGUGCAGACAUGUACAGGUGUGUAUAUGAGGGGGGGUUACCAUGGUAAUGGUGCAUCUGUUGUUGUCCCUGUAGUGAAUGUAGAACUACUUCCAGUUGGGAUGAGAGCUGCAUGAAUAAACUGUGAAGGGAAAAUAAACAGAGUGAGAUGUUGGUUUUUA